AAACUUUCUGAACGCGAGGAGAGGACGCCCGGCCCCGCGCUGCUCGGGCGAUGCGCGACUCAACACUGCGGCGGCGGCGGCGGCGCGGACCCCCAGCCCGGGACUGCAGGCGCGCGGGAUCUUAGUGCUGCAUCGCCCCUGUUGCCGACCAUGAAUGGGAUGGCCAACGUAAAUUCUGCUAGCCGCCCACACUAUGCCUCCUCCAUCCCUGUGCCUCGAGCUUCCUCCCAGACAAGAAUUCACACCCCAGGCACUUCCCCUCAGCUGAGGCCCACCCUUAGCCCCCAGAGGGGCAAGGCUGUAGUGUCCCCCAGAAACUCCUCCCCCAAGGGCUACAGGGGGAGAGGCUCCUCCAGGGCUACUGGACCAGCUAGGGAGCUGGCUGAGAGUGGGGAAAGCCUUCCUAACUCUCCCUGGAACAGUCCCAACGUGACCCCAAGAGCAGCCCUCUCCAGUCAAGCCAAGUCCAGAAGAGCUGGGGAGACACAAGGCACCCAGAGAAAGAAGGUAGCCCAAGAAGGUGUUCCAGUCCGCCAGAUCCGGGGCAGGAGUCCACCCCAGACAAGUUCUCAUGGAGAAACUCAAAUACCAGGGCCUCCUAGCUGCCCAGGAAAAGAUCAAAGAGACACAGACUACAAAAGUUCUGUAAUCACCAGGUCUUUGGAGCCUGAUGAAGGGGCAACUUCAAGGAUUUCCUCUCAAGUCUGCAGCCCUGUGCAGAGUAUGCAGCCCUCUCCUACUCCAGGAACCAUUAGCUUCUCCUCAGCCCAUCAGCAGAGCCAGCCAAUCACAGCCACAGUGGCCCCCUUCCAGUACAAGUUGCAAUCAGACCAGAAGUCUGGCCCUGUUCCUCAGGAGAGUUGGGCCCUUGAUGGAUACACCACCCCCACUAGCAGGGGAGAGGACAGCUUCUCCUGCAUGGACGCGCGGAUAGUCCAUGCGCUCCUCGCCGGCAGAAUGCUGAGCAGCAGCGUCAAGAGCGUGCAGCCCGAGGUGGAGCUGAGCCUCGGCGGCGACGAGGGCGCGGACGAGCCGAGGGGAGCCGGCAGGAAGGCGGCCGCGGCGGACGGCCGCGGCAUGCUGCCCAAGCGCGCCAAGGCGGCAGGCGGCGGCGGCAGUAUGGCCAAGGCCAGCGCAGCGGAGCUGAAGGUCUUCAAGUCUGGCAGCGUGGACAGCCGUGUCCCCGGAGGGCCGCCGGCCUCUAACCUGCGCAAGCAGAAGUCGCUCACCAACCUCUCGUUCCUCACCGACUCCGAGAAAAAGCUGCAGCUCUAUGAGCCCGAGUGGAGCGAUGAUAUGGCCAAGGCGCCCAAGGGUUUGGGCAAGAUGGGGCCCAAGGGCCGCGAGGCUCCACUGAUGUCCAAGACGCUGUCCAAGUCCGAGCAUUCGCUCUUCCAGCCCAAAGGCGGCCCGGCCAGCGGCGCCAAGACCCCACUGGCCCCCCUAGCGCCCAGCCUGGGCAAACCCAGCCGGAUCCCGCGCGGACCCUACGCGGAGGUCAAGCCUCUCAGCAAAGCGCCUGAGGCUGCGGUGAGCGACGACGGCAAGUCGGAUGAUGAGCUGCUCUCCAGCAAGGCCAAGGCGCAGAAGAGCUCGGGUACCGUGCCCUCCGCCAAGGGCCAGGAGGAACGGGCCUUCCUCAAGGUGGACCCCGAGCUCGUGGUGACUGUGCUGGGCGACCUGGAGCAGCUGCUCUUCAGCCAGAUGCUGGAUCCAGAGUCCCAGAGAAAGAGGACAGUACAGAAUGUCCUAGAUCUUCGACAGAACCUGGAAGAAACUAUGUCCAGCCUGCGAGGCUCCCAGGUGACUCACAGCUCCCUGGAGAUGACCUGUUAUGAUAGCGAUGAUGCCAACCCUCGAAGUGUAUCCAGCCUUUCCAACCGCUCCUCUCCUCUCUCUUGGCGCUAUGGCCAAUCUAGCCCCAGGCUGCAGGCUGGCGAUGCGCCCUCGGUGGGUGGAAGCUGCCGUUCAGAGGGUCCACCAGCCUGGUACAUGCAUGGGGAACGGGCACACUACUCCCACACCAUGCCUAUGCGGAGCCCCAGCAAGCUCAGCCACAUCUCCCGCCUGGAGCUGGUAGAGUCCCUGGACUCAGAUGAGGUGGACCUCAAGUCUGGCUACAUGAGCGACAGUGACCUCAUGGGCAAGACCAUGACAGAGGAUGAUGACAUCACAACAGGAGAUUCUAGAAUUGUGCAGUACACUCCUAAGGAGGCAUCCCAGAGAGAAUGCAGCUGGGAUGAAAGCAGCUCUAUCAGCAGUGGGCUCAGUGAUGCCUCAGACAACCUCAGCUCGGAAGAGUUCAAUGCCAGUUCCUCGCUCAACUCCCUCCCAACUACUCCCACUGCUUCACGCAGGAACUCUACAAUAGUGCUACGCACAGACUCAGAGAAGCGCUCUCUGGCAGAAAGCGGGCUGAACUGGUUUAGUGAGUCAGAGGAGAAGGCCCCCAAAAAACUGGAAUACGACAGUGGCAGCCUGAAGAUGGAACCUGGGACUUCCAAAUGGCGGAGAGAGCGGCCUGACAGCUGUGAUGACUCAUCCAAGGGUGGAGAACUGAAAAAGCCCAUCAGCCUGGGACACCCAGGGUCCCUGAAGAAGGGCAAGACACCUCCAGUGGCUGUCACUUCCCCCAUCACUCAUACAGCCCAGAGUGCCCUCAAAGUGGCAGGCAAGCCAGAAGGCAAAGCUACAGACAAGGGUAAGUUGGCAGUGAAGAACACUGGGCUACAGCGGUCCUCUUCUGAUGCUGGUCGGGACCGACUCAGUGAUGCUAAGAAGCCCCCCUCCGGCAUUGCUCGCCCCUCCACCUCUGGAUCCUUUGGCUACAAGAAGCCUCCCCCUACCACAGGCACAGCCACUGUCAUGCAGACUGGUGGCUCAGCCACCCUCAGCAAGAUCCAGAAGUCCUCAGGUAUCCCUGUCAAGCCAGUAAAUGGACGAAAGACAAGUUUAGAUGUGUCCAACAGCGCAGAGCCUGGAUUCCUGGCUCCUGGAGCCCGUUCCAACAUCCAGUACCGCAGCCUGCCCAGGCCAGCCAAGUCCAGCUCCAUGAGUGUGACCGGUGGGCGAGGUGGGCCUCGCCCUGUCAGCAGCAGCAUUGACCCCAGUCUCCUUAGCACCAAGCAGGGAGGCCUUACACCCUCCAGACUGAAGGAACCUUCCAAGGUUGCCAGUGGCCGAACCACUCCAGCUCCUGUCAAUCAGACAGAUCGGGAAAAGGAAAAGGCCAAAGCUAAGGCCGUGGCCUUGGACUCAGACAACAUCUCCUUGAAGAGCAUUGGCUCUCCAGAAAGCACUCCCAAGAACCAAGCAAGCCACCCCCCAAACACCAAGUUAGCAGAACUGCCACCAACCCCUCUCAGGGCCACAGCCAAAAGCUUUGUCAAGCCACCCUCACUAGCCAAUCUAGACAAGGUCAACUCCAACAGUCUGGAUCUACCAUCAUCCAGUGACACCCAUGCUUCAAAGGUCCCAGAUCUGCAUGCUACAAGCUCAACAACUGGGGGCCCUCUCCCUUCUUGCUUCACCCCUAGUCCAGCACCUAUCCUCAAUAUUAACUCAGCCAGCUUCUCCCAGGGCCUGGAGCUAAUGAGUGGUUUCAGUGUCCCAAAGGAGACCCGCAUGUACCCCAAACUCUCAGGCCUGCACAGGAGCAUGGAGUCCCUCCAGAUGCCGAUGAGCCUGCCCAGUGCCUUCCCUAGCAGUUCUCCCAUCCCCACCCCACCUGCUGCCCCUGCACCCUCAGAAGAGGAGACAGAAGAGCUGCCCUGGAGUGGAAGCCCCAGGGCUGGACAAUUGGACAGUAAUCAGCGAGAUCGAAACACCCUUCCCAAGAAAGGGCUCAGGUACCAACUUCAGUCCCAGGAGGAGACUAAGGAGAGGCGGCAUUCCCACACUAUCGGUGGUCUGCCAGAAUCCAAUGACCAGGCAGAGCUACCAUCUCCCCCUGCACUCUCCAUGUCCUUGAGCACAAAGGGCCAGCUUACCAACAUAGUGAGUCCCACUGCGGCCACCACGCCAAGAAUCACCCGCUCCAACAGCAUCCCCACCCACGAGACGGCCUUCGAGCUGUACAGCGGCUCCCAAAUGGGGAGCACCCUGUCCCUGGCCGAGAGACCCAAGGGAAUGAUUCGGUCAGGAUCCUUCCGAGACCCCACGGAUGAUGUUCAUGGCUCGGUGCUGUCCCUGGCCUCCAGUGCCUCUUCCACUUACUCCUCAGCUGAGGAGAGGAUGCAGUCUGAGCAAAUUCGGAAGCUUCGUAGGGAACUGGAAUCAUCCCAGGAAAAAGUGGCCACCUUGACAUCUCAGCUCUCUGCCAAUGCUAACCUAGUGGCUGCUUUCGAGCAGAGCCUGGUGAAUAUGACAUCUCGCCUGCGACACCUGGCAGAGACAGCUGAGGAGAAGGACACUGAGCUACUGGAUUUGCGAGAAACUAUUGACUUUUUGAAGAAAAAGAACUCUGAGGCCCAGGCAGUCAUUCAGGGAGCUUUGAAUGCCUCAGAAGCCACACCCAAAGAACUCCGGAUCAAGAGACAGAACUCAUCAGAUAGCAUCUCCAGCCUCAACAGCAUCACCAGUUAUUCCAGCAUUGGCAGCAGCAAGGAUGCUGAUGCCAAAAAGAAGAAGAAAAAGAGUUGGGUUUAUGAGCUUCGAAGUUCCUUCAAUAAAGCCUUCAGUAUAAAAAAGGGCCCCAAGUCUGCCUCCUCGUACUCUGAUAUAGAGGAAAUUGCCACACCUGACUCCUCAGCCCCGUCAUCCCCGAAACUGCAGCAUAGUUCCACGGAGACUGCAUCACCCUCCAUCAAGUCCUCUAACUCAUCCUCUGUGGGCAUUGAGGUCACUGAGGCUCCUGCUCACUCAACCCCCCACACUAGACUGUUCCAUGCCAGUGAGGAAGAGGAACCAGAGAAAAAGGAGGUAUCAGAGCUGCGCUCUGAACUAUGGGAGAAAGAGAUGAAGCUGACAGACAUCCGUUUGGAGGCCCUCAACUCUGCCCACCAGCUGGAUCAGCUUCGAGAGACCAUGCACAACAUGCAGUUGGAGGUGGACCUUUUGAAAGCAGAGAAUGACAGGCUGAAAGUUGCCCCCGGCCCCUCCUCAGGCUCUACUCCAGGGCAGGUCCCUGGAUCAUCUGCUCUGUCAUCCCCUCGCCGCUCUCUGGGCCUUGCACUGACCCAUCCCUUCAGUCCCAGUCUCACGGACACAGACCUAUCACCCAUGGAUGGCAUCAGCACUUGUGGUCCAAAAGAAGAAGUAACCCUUCGAGUGGUCGUACGGAUGCCGCCCCAGCACAUCAUCAAAGGGGACUUGAAGCAGCAGGAAUUCUUCUUAGGAUGUAGCAAGGUCAGUGGCAAAGUUGACUGGAAGAUGCUGGAUGAAGCUGUUUUCCAAGUGUUCAAGGAUUACAUUUCUAAAAUGGACCCAGCCUCCACCCUGGGACUAAGCACUGAGUCCAUCCAUGGCUAUAGUCUCAGUCACGUGAAACGAGUGUUGGAUGCUGAACCCCCAGAGAUGCCUCCCUGCCGCCGAGGUGUCAAUAACAUAUCAGUCUCCCUCAAAGGUCUGAAGGAGAAAUGUGUCGACAGCCUGGUGUUUGAGACUCUCAUCCCCAAGCCCAUGAUGCAGCACUACAUAAGCCUCCUGCUCAAGCAUCGGCGCCUGGUACUCUCUGGCCCCAGCGGCACUGGCAAGACCUACUUGACCAAUCGUCUGGCUGAGUACCUGGUGGAGCGCUCAGGCCGGGAGGUCACCGAGGGCAUCGUCAGCACCUUCAAUAUGCACCAGCAAUCUUGCAAGGAUCUGCAACUGUAUCUCUCCAACCUGGCCAACCAGAUAGACAGGGAAACAGGAAUUGGGGACGUGCCCCUGGUGAUCCUAUUGGACGACCUGAGUGAAGCAGGCUCCAUCAGUGAGCUGGUCAAUGGGGCCCUCACCUGCAAGUAUCAUAAAUGUCCAUAUAUUAUAGGUACCACCAAUCAGCCUGUAAAAAUGACACCCAACCAUGGCUUGCACUUGAGCUUCAGGAUGCUGACCUUUUCUAACAAUGUGGAGCCAGCCAAUGGCUUCCUGGUCCGUUACCUGCGGAGGAAGUUGGUGGAGUCGGACAGUGACAUCAAUGCUAACAAGGAAGAGUUGCUUCGGGUGCUGGACUGGGUUCCCAAGCUGUGGUACCACCUCCACACCUUCCUUGAGAAACACAGCACCUCGGACUUCCUCAUCGGCCCUUGCUUCUUUCUGUCCUGUCCCAUUGGCAUUGAGGACUUCCGGACCUGGUUCAUUGACCUGUGGAACAACUCCAUCAUUCCCUAUCUACAGGAAGGAGCCAAGGAUGGGAUCAAGGUCCAUGGUCAGAAAGCUGCUUGGGAAGACCCUGUGGAAUGGGUCAGGGAUACUCUUCCCUGGCCAUCAGCCCAACAAGACCAAUCAAAGCUGUACCACCUGCCUCCACCCACUGUGGGCCCUCAUAGCAUAGCCUCACCUCCAGAGGACAGGACAGUCAAAGACAGUACUCCAAGUUCUCUGGACUCAGAUCCUCUGAUGGCCAUGCUGCUCAAACUUCAAGAAGCUGCCAACUAUAUUGAGUCACCAGAUCGAGAAACCAUCCUGGACCCCAACCUUCAGGCGACACUCUGAGAGUCUAGCAGUUGUCACCCUGGACAGCAGAAGGCUGGCUUCAGCUUCAUGAGAUCCUCCUCUCCCCUCUUCUUUCAGAGCUCCAACUCUCCAACCCCACAAGGAGAAAAGGAGGGAGGAGGAGGGCAAGAAGAGGAACAGGUUCUUGGUGCUGCAUCUUUGAGAACUUCAUAGUAGGAAUUGGAGGGGUAGAGUUUGGGAACUCAUGCCCCCUAAAUACUAAAUACAGUAGGCUUCCUCUCAUGACUUUGGAGGAAAGAUGAUUCUGGGUCUUUUCUUCAAUUCUUGUUUCACCUACAAACUUCUGGGCUUUCUGGGGAGGGAUUUGGAAGACAUCAAAAAACUCUGCAGCAGUUUCUAACUGGUUCUCAUGAACACCUCUGAGACAGUCACUUGUGGAGAAAUCAAAGGGAGGCAGGAAGCUCCACAGAUUUUCUUGCAGAUCCUUCCCAAUUCACCACUGCCAACAAUCUUUCCCCAAAGAUUUUUCUGGCCAGAGCCCAGAAAAGAAGCAUGUGUUUUUUAAAAAUGUGUAAAUCAACCUGUGAAAGGUAUAAAAGCAAUGGAAAAGAUGAAGCUGGAGAGAGGGGACCCAGUUGCCAAGAAUGAGAGCUGCCAGUACUUGCCUUCUGGAUGACAUAGGGGACAUUGACAAGAUGGCUACCAAUCUAAGACAUCACCAAACCACAAAAGUAACAUUACAGCCUUCAGAGAAAGACUACUAGCUCUGUCUUCCUACCCUCUAAUUUAACAUGCAUGAAAGUCAAUAAACCCUACUUUUUCAUUUUUUAUUUUUUAUUUUAAUUUUUACUUUUUUCCUUCAUUUGCCUAUUUAUUCCCCUCGAUCCCCCAUUUUCUCACAUUGUCCAUGAGAUACUUGGGUUGCUCUCCAGGGGAUAGUUUGGCGUUCCAAGUAGGUUUUCUUUGGAGGAUUUAAUUUCAUAUAAUUGGUACAAGUUAAAUGCCUGGCAUGCCACUAUCUCUGGCAUCCUUGGGGCUUAUAUGAGAUAAGAAACAUUGACUCAGAAUAGUAGGAGAGAAAGAACCCAGGUCCCUUGACUUUCUUUUUGAGAAAGCACAUGUUUUUCCUGGAAGCUCAAUUGCCAUCCUCUGGCAUGAUAGAAAAUCUACUCUGAGCUUCGUCAUGGACUGGAAGAAAACCAAAAUACUGGAAACACCCACCUGUCUUAUGGCCUGUUUGGCCCCUCAUUGCACUAUUUGGAUGGUAGCCACAUUGCCUGACUGAAUCAAAAUUCCCUAGCUGUUUGUUUUUGACAGGUAAAUAUUCACUUAUAAGAGACUGAACAACCAUGUGAGAUGCUCCAAAUCAAAACAUGAGGCUCAAGGAGUUUGAUUUUUUUUGCCAAUAUUUGCCUUCCAAAGAGAUCCCACCCCUCGCAGAAGUUGCUCUUUUCCUAUUGCCCUGAAGGUCUAGCAAUCCAUGCUCUUUUGUUUGAUAAGUACUUGUUGAGUACUUAACUGUGUACCAGUCACUAUGUUUUAAAAGGGGGGCAAGACUUGGGUCCUUAAGUUCAUAGACUAGGAAGAAAUCUUAACCUCCAUUAAGUGCACACCUCCAUAUUGUCUGGAUGUUUAAGAUCAUUUAAGAAACAGGUGAAAUCCAAUGAGUUGGUCAAAAGAAGCCUUUGAUUAGAUAUUCAUUAUGUUGUAGGCAGAAGAUCUGCAAUCAAGAUGGAGCUUGGACUAUGGAAUCUUGCUUGUCUGGAGUGAGCAAGUCUACUUCUGUCUUUUCUGGAAACCAGAUGGGACUGGAGUCCAGGCUGAGCUGCCUGGUGGGCUAAUAUUUCAGCACUCUGCAGUUCAGGGAUAUAGUGAUGAGCCUAGGCCUAAGUGUUUGCUCUUCAGAUUCCUAAGUAGCACAAGACUUGUCAAAAUCUAUACUAUAGAAUCCAUAGGCAUACUAACCUGGACCAUUACUGUACCCAACCAAGGAGUUACAUGCACCUGAAUCUUCAAACCAGUAUAUUUUCAUUUAGGUCCUCAAGAUGGUCUAGGUUGUCCCUCACCCUGCCCUCCCCCAAAGCUUCUAUAUUCACCUGGUAGCCCCAGGGAUGACAGGGUCCUCUAUUCUGGAGACUAUUAUUGCUAUUGCUGCUAAUUUCGUGAGCUGUGAAAAUCUCCAACCAACUCAGCUGCAAAAUAUGCAAUUCUGUGGUGGGAAGAGGCUGUUUGUCCGAGGGUGGUGCUGAGAUCAUUGCCUCAAGGUCUCUGCUGUGCAGAGUAAGAAGGUCUCAGAGCUGGGUGUUCCAACUUGAGAAGGAAGGGAAGACUGGAUAGUCCUACUUUGGACUAGGCCUCUUCCAAACCCUAUCCUAAGCUCCAGUUCCAUGGCAAGGCUCAGACUUUUAAUGCCAUCCUAAUGAUUGAGCUUUUAACUCUCUUUUCUGGUGCUGCCCAGCCAGUGCCUUCUGACAUGGAUGUUACUGGCUACUUGAGAAGAAGGAAAGUGGGAAAUGCCUUCUUCCAUUGCAACUGCCUCAAACCGCAGAGGGAUUCUUGGCUCUGGUAACCAUGGAUACCAUCGUGAAUUUUAUUUGGGUCUACAGCAGGUUGAUUCUGGAGGCCUCUCAUACAGUGACUUCAUUUCUAUUCCUGGGAUCCACCACCCUCUGCUCUCACUUGACUGCUGCAUUUAGUCCAGGCCUCUAAUAGCUUUCCUCCAGAAAGUAUGUUCCCAUCUCGUGAAGUGGUCUUGGAGCCUCCACUUUCCUUCUGGAACCUGGGACCCUGUUUACAGUCAUGCAUCUGGGCCCCUCACAGUGGAAUCAACUAUCUCACAAAGGAAUCAUGGUUAUGUGGCAACCGCAGAAGGUCGACCCUCCUCAUGGUGCUAUUAUAACCCCUUGUGAUGGUCAUCCACACUUCUCAGAAGCAAAAACCUGAGCUCCCCCUCAGUGCUCUACAAUGGCAAGGAGCAAAUCCACAGCGUUCUUUCUGAUCUUCACGCUUGAUUCUUGGUUGAGACUACUGGGGACUCCUCAGAAAGAAGAAAUUAGGUCCCAGAGCUAAAUUCUCUGCUGCUUCAGAAGAAUCCAGUCUAUCGCAUUCUGGAAUUUGUGCUGUUCCCUUCCCCUUCAACUCCCCUAACUGCAUCCCUCACCAAAGUUGGCUAGUAAAGAAGAGGGUUCAAUACCCAACAUCAGUGUUGGUCUCAACCUGAUGAGUCUCAGCUCUAGGAGAGGCUCAACAGAGUCCCUCUUUUGGAUGAAAACCAAUAAGUUGUAUCCAAUGUAUUUGUUUCUUGGUCCCUGCCUAGGCACUAAAAUAAAAUACUAGGUAUUGGAGGCUAUUUAUUAUGGGAUUGAUGUCUGUAUGUAUCUUUCACACAUGCACACAAGAGCAGCUUGCUGUUGCUGUCUCGUAUGUUCUGAAGCUUCACUGAGUUUUGUGUUGUUGGUUUUUUUAGUUAUGCUUUCUGGCAACUCUUUGGUGCUUAUCUCUUUUUGUAAAUCCUUACACCAAUGUCUUUCAUGUAGUCUAAUCAUUGAGAAGGUAAAGACGGACAGGGAAGAAUGGGGUAAAAAAAGGAAAGUCUUUAUUGGUUGGUAUACUACAUUUGGUCUUGAAUUGCCAACCUUCUAACUAAUCUAUCCAUACUGAAGGACUUAAGACAAAAGAAUGAUUUUUCCCCCUUUUUAUUUCUUGUCUUGUUUUUCUGGUUUGAAAGGGUUUAAGUGGACUUAAUCUGGCCGUCUCUUCACUUGUAGCUCUCAGAAAUGAGUUACACUAUUCAGACAGAUACCCCCCUUCCAGUGACCUGAGGACUGUUUCCUAUAGUGUUCCAGAAAAGUAGGGCGAGAAGUGGUGGCUUGCUGCCUUUUACAACGCCUCCAUUAUCACCAAGGAUGACACUCAUCAUAUGCAUAGACCACAUUUACCUAAUUAUAUAUGAGGAUUCAAGAGACUUUAAUGAUUUUUGUUUGUUUUGUAGUCCCGAGCUGACCUGAAACUCGAUAUGUAGACCAGGUUGGCCUCCAUCUCACAGAGAUCCGCCUGCCUCAGCUCAUAAGUGCCAGGACUAAAGGCAAAUGCCACCAUGCCCAGCUGAUUUUUUUAUUACAAAGUAUUUGGGAGAGAAAGUUAUGCUAAUCACACAGCUGUUUAAAGUGCUAAAGUAAUUCAGAUUGUCAGUUGCAGUUUAUCAUACUUUAUCCUUUCUUUCAUCUUGGGUAUUAACUAAACUGAAACUAAUAAAUAGACUCCAUAAACCAACCCCCAUGAUAAGAAGAGAAAUGUCCCAUUGCAGAGGGUUGGCAAGAGAGUUGGAUAAGGUACUAACAGACUUGCUAGCACUUUUUUUUUUCCAGUUUUGGAGAUUGAACACAUGCUAAGCAAGCACUCUGCCACUGAGCUAUAUCUCAAAUCUUUGCUUUUAUUUUUUAAAACAGAGUUUCACUAAGUGCCCAUGAUGGCCUUGAAUUCACUAAGUAUUCCAGGCUGACUUUGAGUUUGUGAUCCUUUUCCCUCAGUCUCUCAAGUAGUUGGGAUUUUGGGCCUCUAUCACCAGUCCUGAUACACUCUUAUAUGAUUUUGAGAACUGUUCAAGUGUUUUAGUUCCCAACAAGGAGGCCAUGAAUAAAAUGCAUUCCCAAAUGGCCAAAGCCUGAAGAUCCUGCCCUUCAUAAUCAAAUCAGCUUUAUACAUUCAUGAGUCCUCAGUUAACCUGCUCAGGAUAACAGGGCCACUGACCUGGCUCUCCCCACUGCCCAGGGUACAUUUAUAUACAUCUGCUUACCCUAGCUCUGGAAGCAGGUGGUGCUGGCCAUAGACCUACAGAAGACAGAGUAGACUGGAAAGUAGCAUAGUCUUGAAGUAAGGAAACCAGUUGAACCUUCAUAACUGCAAGGAGACAAAGACAGUUAAAAAUCAAUCCUGUUUUAGCUGGGCAUGGUAGCAUAUGCCUUUAAUUCCAGCACUUGGGAGGCAGAGGCAGUAGAAUCUCUGUGAGAUCAAAGCCAGCCUGGUCUACAUAGUAAGUUCCAGGUCAGCUGGGGCUACAAAAAGACUUAAAAAAAAAUAACCCUGUUUAUACUAGCUCGUUCCAGUUUGAUGUUUUGGCCAUCUUUCUUAAUAAUUAUGUCAUAGAGAACACUCUGGAAAGGUGAUCGUGAAAGGUGAGUCCCUGGUUCCUUGAUUCAACCUUUCAUUCUUUAAAGCAGUGGUUCUCAGAGGAUAUUUCUAGACCAGCAGCAGCAAGCAGCAUGUGGGAACCUGUCAGAAAUAAAAUUCUCAGACUCUGCCCCAGAUUUAACCAAGUCAAACUGCAGUGUUAGUGCCCAGCAAUACAAAUUAACAGCCCCUCCAGUGAAUUUGAAGCAUGAGAGUCCACUGGUUAGAAGGGGAAGCCAAGUAUCAGAGUCCUCACUCAAGUGGUUUAAGACCCCAAAUAAGAAGAUCCUACAUUAUCAUUAUUAACAUUAUUUUCAAAGUCACUUUUCUCAUGCUUAUGUUUCUUGGGUUUUUGUUGUUGUUGUUUUUCACAAUGAAACGUGUUAGGGAAGCACCUGUGUAUUUCCUAGCUGAGUGCAACCUUCAAUGAAAAACCUGUCUAAAAUUUCUACCUGGCAAACUAAGGGGCUUCAAUAGGGAGAAAGUGUUGGAGGUCUCUAGUCCAGACUGCUCUUCUGCUGGAUUCUUUGUCUAAACAUUUUUCUGAUAAUAGGCUAAGUUUCUAAUAGGGUAAGUUAACUCAAGUCUAAUUUGCAUUCCCAUGACAAAAUGUUCUUCCAGCAACAUCCUUCUCCCUUCUAUGAGUGAUAAAGAACACUGCUGGGUCUGAGAACUUGGUCAGACCCUCCUUCCCCAAGGCAGCUAGCCACUGUACAGCUCCAACAUGCCUCUGUCUGUGCUCCCUCCCCACAGCUCGGAGAGUUCUACACACUGAACCGGGACUCUACGUCCUUAGGUUCAGCCUUUGCAUUCCCAUACCAGGAUCUAUAUACAGAUCUCAACAAAUGCCUCUUUUUUUAAAGAAAUCCAGAAAGAGUUUCAUAUCUUCCCAAACUCACAGACUAACUGAUAAGGUCAUGGAAGAGAUGAGGCCCUUUAGAAGUUUUGUUUCUAAUCUGUCAGUUUCUCUGAGAGUGCUUUUGUGUAGAACACAAAAAAAUCAGUAGUACCAGAUCUCUUGAGCUCAGAAACUACGCACUUCAAGGACUAAAGUAUGAGGAUGGCAAGUGUAAAAUAAUUGCACUAAAAUCACCUAUUUGCCCUCCUGAAGGCCCGUGAUGUGAUGGGUCCCUGGCUAUCUCCUGUAGCGUCAUCCUGCUCCCCUGCCAUUUCUCUGAAAAAGAAGAUAUAAGGAACAAACUCCAGCUCACAACCAGUCUUGGUUACUGCUGUGCAGUGGCCUCCCACUUCCUAAUGUUCUUUUGUUUAUUGCUUCUAACAAAAGAAUUUUUAAUGAGUUCUAGACCCUGGUAGCUUCCUUUCCUUCCCCACUCCCUAUCCUGUUUUAGGCAGCACUGUUUAUGUGACAGUCUGUGUUUCUCAAAUGCAUGGCACUCCUCAAGUGGAGGGUGGGCAAGAAUGUUCGUUUACUUUUUAAAAUUUAUUGGGCACAAAAAUCCCAAACCAGGAUAUGUGUGUGUCUGUGUGUUUAUGUUUUGUUUUGUUUAUUUUGUUUUGUUUAUCAUUUGACCCCUGCCUCUUCCAAUCUAUCCCCUUUUAUACCUAAUACAGAAAAGACAAAACUGAAUCUGGAAAGCAAACUGUUGUAUAUAGUUGCGGUAACAAUCAUGAAGAGAGUUCGGCUGUCCCUUCACUAAUUCAUUUUGAAUAAUGAAUUGGUUGAAAAUUACAUUCAUGCCUUGGCCAGCUGAAGAGGCCUUCCUUCAUCACCACAGAGGCUACCUUUACCUGGGUCCUCUGUCCAUCAGGCAUGUCUCCUUCCAGCAAAAUUCAUCUGUUCUAUACCAUUUGCGUUUCAAUAAAGUUAUCUCCUGUAUUGUC